UGUCUGGCAUUUUUCUUGUCCUCCCAUCAUCAUCCGCAGCGCCCCGCAGCUCUCCUCCCUGUUCCCAACAUCCUCAACAGUUCAACCGACCAUGAAAUUCUCCCUCUUCAGCCUGUCCGCAGUCUUCGCGCUCAUCGGUAGUGCUCUGGCCCAGGGCGACCUGACCAUCAACACUCCCUCCGGCCUGACGCAGUGCCUACCUACCCUCCUCAGCUGGACCGGAGGAACUGGUAUGAUCAUUUUUGUACUAGGCGGUCGCAGACUGACUAUCACCUCUGGUACCGACCCCAAUGGAAACGCCCUUGCCAACCUUGGUGAACAAAGCGGCACUUCGCUUACCUGGACCGUCACUUUCCCUCAAGGCACUGCGCUCGUUUUCAACGUUCGUGACCAAACUGGAGCCGUGAAGCAGACUGCGCCCGUCACUGUGCAAACCGGUGGUUCAACUGAUUGUGCUAGCUCGACAUCGGGUGCAUCUGGUUCCUCCACAUCUGGUGCAACUGACUCCACGACUGCCGGUGCCACUACUGGUACUACGACUAGUGCUGCUGGUGCUACGACUUCUACCUCACCUGCUGGGGCCUCGACUUCAAGGGCGGCGACGUCUGGUGCUAGCACCAGCUCUCGUGCAUCAUCUGCUGCUGGCUCAGGUACCUCAGCAGGCGCGAGUGCCUCUGCCUCCAGUUCUGGCAAUGCCGCCCCCUCUCAGUUCUCAAGCAUGGGUGCUGCUGGUGUUAUUGGUGCUGCUAUUGUCGCUCUAUUUGCGUGAGUCCAAAAAUGAUGAAAGGUCGUUUGGUCUUGGUCUUUUUAUGAACAUUUUUUGCUGCUUUGUGUGGUAUCCGUUCUUUUUCACGCAACAAGUACCCUUCUAUUCUUUUUAAUCGCAUAUUCCACUGUCCCAGCAGUACCAGCGAGGAACACAGCGAACAUUUUUUGUUACUAUACCACUUUCUUCUACCUCCGCCUACGGAUAGAGAUUAUGAUGACCUGUUUUCCGCACUCGCUGUACGAAUAAAUCGGAUUGUGACUUGUCGUCCCGAGCUCGUUUAAGGGAAAGUUCUUGCAGUAUUUUUCGACUUGUCC